AUGUCGUAUGCUUUACCUCGCACUGGUCCUGAUGCCGGACGAUCACGAUUUCAAUCGAAAGACGAUGCUUCGACCGGCAGCGCAGGCGUGGCCGAGAAAAUAGGAGGAAUGUUUGGUGAUAGGAGGCCCUCGUUGCCCAUGUACAAAGACAAACCCUUCGCCAGCUCCUCCCACAGAUUGCCGUGGUUCAGAAGGAAACGCUUCCUUGCUGCAUUGCUGGUCGUCUUUACCACAACCUUCUACUGGUUAGGCCUGUUUAGUGCCUCCGCCCCUAGUGUCUUGGAAGUCCAAGAAACCUGCAAAUUGGGAAGAGCGAAGGGAACAACCUACGAACAACAUGGCUGGGGCUACGACGAGUUCAAGCCUGUCUCGCAGACAGGCCGUCAUAUGGUCAAUGGUGGUAUGGGCUGGAUCAUGGUAGAUGCUCUCGACACUCUCAUGCUCAUGAACCUCACCACCGAACUCUCUCACGCUAGAGACUGGGUUUCGACCACUCUACACUACGACAUUGACCACGAUGUAAACACGUUUGAGACAACCAUUCGCAUGCUCGGUGGUUUGCUAUCUGCUCACUACAUUUCCACCACUUUCCCCGACUACGCUCCUUUGACAAGUCACUCUGCUACUGGUGCUUCCAUCAGCGAGGACUUGUACUUGGAGAAGGCUGCAGAUCUGGCCGAUCGUCUUCUCGGCGCAUACGACUCCGACUCUGGUGUGCCUUAUGCCAGCGUCAACCUUCACACCGGCAAAGGCAUCCCUUCUCACGAUGAUGGAGGCGCCUCGUCGACUGCUGAAGCCACCAGUCUUCAACUCGAGAUGAAGUAUCUGGCCAAGCUGACUGGCGAGGUCCACUACUGGGAGAAGGCUGAGAAGGUUAUGCAAGUCGUCGACGACAAUGGCAUGGAGGACGGCCUUUUGCCCAUCUUCAUCUACGCUCAGACUGGAAACUUCAGGGGCAACAACAUCAGAUUGGGUAGUCGCGGUGACUCUUACUACGAAUACCUCAUCAAGCAGUAUCUACAGACUUCAAAGCAAGAGCCUGUCUACCACGAAAUGUGGGACCAGUCCCUCGCUGGUAUUCAGAAGCACCUUAUCACAUACUCACAAAAAGCCAAUCUCACCAUCCUUGGUGAGCGUCCCUCAGGCCUUGACCAACCAAUCUCUCCUAAGAUGGAUCAUUUGGUAUGCUUCAUGCCGGGCACUAUCGCUCUAGGAGCGACUCAAGGUCAAACACUCGCCGAAGCCAGAAAGUCGGCAUCCUGGGGCAAAAAACAAGAAGGCGAGAUCGAACUGGCCAAGCAGCUCAUGAAGACCUGCUGGGCAACAUACAAGGUCGCCGCCACCGGUCUUGCUGCAGAAAUCACACACUUUGAAAUGCACGAUCCUCCCGCCAUGAUGCCUGAUGGCAUUCUUCAGUCACCUGUGACACUGUCAGACGACGUCGAGGCCGAGUGGAAGAACGAUUUGAUCAUCAAACCUGCUGAUGCACACAAUCUGCAACGUCCCGAGACUGUCGAGAGUCUGUUUUACAUGUGGCGCAUCACCGGCGACGAUAUCUAUAGAGAAUGGGGUUGGCAAAUGUUCGAGUCCUUUGUCAAGCACACUGCCGUCGACCACAAUGGCGGAUACACGAGCAUCAACGACGUCAACUCGGUCCCCACCUCUGCAAGAGACAACAUGGAGAGUUUCUGGCUCGCAGAAACGCUAAAGUACUUUUACCUGCUGUUUGGCCCGAACGACGUCUUGCCGCUUGACAAAGUCGUCUUCAACACUGAAGCUCAUGCUUUCCCCAACUUUGAGUUGGGUAAGUUGUUCAAGACUGGAUGGAAGCGCAAGGCUAGAGAUUCGAAUGGGCAGAUUGUUGAGAGCACUGCUCCGAGAGAUGCCAUCACUGGCGAUGUGAAGAAGGAGGAUCAGGCUGUGGCUGCAGGCAUCAAGACGGUGACUGUAGAGGCUGCCAAGACAUUGGCAGUAGAGAAGCCGGUCAAGGUGGAAGAAGCAUAG